GAUUAUGUGUGGAUGGACCUCAAAACUGGACGGGAAUUCGAUGUCCCCAUUGGAGCGGUGGUUAAACUGUGUGACUCUGGACAGAUCCAGGUCGUGGAUGAUGAAGGCAAUGAGCACUGGAUUUCCCCACAGAAUGCCAGCCACAUCAAACCUAUGCACCCCACCUCCAUCCAUGGAGUGGAGGACAUGAUCCGCCUGGGGGACCUGAACGAGGCAGGAAUUCUCAGGAACCUGCUGAUUCGCUAUCGGGAGCACCUCAUCUAUACAAACUGUGGCGGGAGGACGUACACUGGUUCAAUACUGGUGGCAGUAAACCCCUACCAGCUCCUACCCAUCUACUCACCUGAGCAGAUACGCCUCUACACCAACAAAAAGAUUGGUGAGAUGCCACCACACAUCUUCGCAAUUGCUGACAACUGCUACUUCAACAUGCAGCGCAACAACAAGGACCAGUGUUGUAUCAUAAGUGGGGAAUCCGGAGCAGGCAAGACAGAAAGCACAAAACUGAUUCUGCAGUUCCUGGCAGCAAUCAGUGGUCAGCACUCCUGGAUUGAGCAGCAGGUCCUCGAGGCAAAUCCCAUUUUGGAAGCUUUCGGGAAUGCGAAGACCAUCCGUAAUGACAAUUCCAGCCGAUUUGGGAAGUACAUCGAUAUCCACUUCAACAAAAGGGGAGCCAUAGAGGGGGCAAAGAUUGAGCAGUACCUGCUGGAGAAGUCCCGGGUGUGCAGGCAGGCCCAGGAUGAGAGGAAUUACCACGUGUUCUACUGCAUGCUGAGAGGAAUGACCCUGGAGCAGAAAAAGAAGCUGGGUCUUGGGAAAGCCACGGACUAUAACUAUCUUGCGAUGGGGAACUGCACGACCUGCGAUGGCAGAGAUGACAGCAAGGAGUAUGCCAAUAUCCGCUCUGCUAUGAAGGUCCUCAUGUUCACCGACACGGAGAACUGGGAGAUCUCCAAGCUGCUGGCUGCCAUCCUGCACAUGGGCAACCUACAGUAUGAAGCUCGGACCUAUGACAACCUGGAUGCCUGCGAGGUUGUUCAGUCAGCAUCACUCAUCACUGCAGCAACAUUGCUAGAGGUUGAGCCUCAGGAUGUGAUGAACUGCCUUACCAGCCGGACUAUAAUCACAAGGGGUGAAACUGUCUCCACCCCUCUCAGCAUGGAGCAAGCACUGGAUGUGAGGGACGCUUUUGUAAAGGGAAUUUAUGGACGACUUUUUGUUUGGAUUGUGGAGAAGAUCAACGCUGCAAUUUACAGACCUCCAUCCCAGGAACUCAAAAGUAUCAGGAGAUCCAUUGGCCUUCUUGACAUCUUUGGCUUUGAGAACUUCACUGUGAACAGUUUUGAGCAGCUUUGCAUUAACUUUGCGAAUGAAAACCUGCAACAGUUCUUUGUGCGCCACGUCUUCAAACUAGAGCAGGAGGAGUACAACCUGGAGAACAUCAACUGGCAGCACAUCGAGUUCACUGAUAACCAGGAUGCCUUGGACAUGAUUGCCAUCAAGCCUAUGAACAUCAUCUCCCUCAUUGACGAGGAGAGCAAGUUCCCCAAGGGUACAGAUGCCACCAUGUUACACAAGCUGAACUCCCAGCACAAGCUUAACACCAACUAUAUUCCUCCGAAGAAUAACUAUGAAACCCAGUUCGGCAUUAACCAUUUUGCUGGAAUUGUUUACUACGAAACAAAAGGUUUCUUGGAGAAAAACAGGGACACGCUGCAUGGAGACAUCAUUCAGCUGGUGCAUUCCUCAAAAAACAAAUUCAUCAAGCAGAUCUUCCAAGCAGAUGUGGCAAUGUUUCUCUGUGGCUAUGCAUCCAGCACAUUUGGCCAGUCGCCCACACCAAAGGGAGCAGAGACGAGGAAGCGCUCGCCAACGCUCAGCAGCCAGUUCAAGCGCUCCCUGGAGCUGUUGAUGAGGACUCUCAGCGUGUGCCAGCCCUUCUUCGUCCGCUGCAUCAAGCCCAAUGAGUACAAGAAACCCAUGCUGUUUGAUCGGGAGCUGUGUGUCCGUCAGCUGAGGUACUCAGGGAUGAUGGAGACCAUCCGCAUCCGCCGGGCUGGAUACCCCAUCCGCUACACCUUUGUGGAGUUUGUGGACCGCUACCGGGUGCUCAUGCCUGGGGUGAAGCCAGCCUACAAGCAGGGUGACCUGCGUGGGACAUGCCAGCGCAUUGCUGAAGCAGUGCUGGGGAAGGAUGAUGACUGGCAGAUUGGCAAGACAAAGAUAUUUCUAAAGGACCACCACGACAUGCUGCUGGAGAUUGAGAGAGACAAGGCCAUCACAGACAAAGUCAUCCUCAUCCAGAAGGUGGUCCGUGGGUAUAAAGACAGAUCCAAUUUCCUGAAAGUGAGAAAUUCAGUCCUGAUGAUUCAGAGAUACUGGCGUGGACAUAACUGCAGGAAGAACUAUGGUGCUAUGCGGAUUGGCUUCCUGAGGCUGCAGGCCCUGUACCGCUCCCGCAAGCUCCACAAGCAGUACCAUAUGGCUCGCCGGCGGAUCAUCGAGUUUCAGGCACGGUGCCGGGGCUACCUGGUCCGUAGGGCUUUCCGCCACCGGCUCUGGGCUGUCCUCACUGUCCAGGCCUACGCCCGGGGCAUGAUUGCCCGAAGGCUCUACAAGCGCCUCCGCGGGGAAUACUAUCGACGCCUGGAAGCAGAGAAACUUCGGCUGGCAGAAGAAGAACGACUUCGAAAGGAGAUGAGUGCCAAGAAAGCCAAAGAAGAAGCAGAAAAGAAGCACCAAGUACGCCUGGCCCAGCUGGCACGGGAAGAUGCAGAGAGAGAAGUAAAGGAGAAGGAGGAAGCACGUCGGAAGAAAGAGCUCUUAGAAAAAAUGGAGAGAGCUCGCAAUGAGCCAGUGAAUGACUCAGAAAUGGUGGACAAAAUGUUUGGAUUCCUGGGGACAACCUCCUCCCUUCCUGGCCAGGAGGGACAGGCACCCAAUGGCUUUGAGGAUCUUGAGCAAGUCCAGAAGGAACUGGAGGAAGAGGACCUGGAUGCAGCAUUGCCUCUCCCUGAGGAGGAGGAAGAAGACCUCUCAGAGUACAAAUUUGCCAAGUUCGCUGCCACGUAUUUCCAGGGCACAGCAACACACACAUACAUCCGCCGGCCUCUCAAGCAGCCUCUCUUGUACCAUGAAGAUGAAGGAGACCAGUUGGCAGCACUUGCUGUAUGGAUCACGAUUCUGCGUUUCAUGGGAGACCUCCCUGAGCCGAAGUACCACACAGCUAUGAGUGAUGGUGGUGAGAAGAUACCAGUAAUGACAAAAAUAUAUGAGACUCUUGGGAAGAAGACCUAUAAGAAAGAACUGCAGGCUCUUCAGGGAGAAGGAGAGAGUACUCACAUUGAUGGGCACAAGAAGAACAGUGUGCGGCACAAACUGGUCUCCUUAACACUCAAGAAGAAAUCCAAACUGACUGAGGAGGUGAGGGGAGACGCUUGGCCGCCUGGCAGCACAAGUGCCGUUGGAUUGUCUGCAGCCCUCUCUGACUCUCUUCUGCUUUUCCCUAGACAACAUAGAACCAGCCCUCCUCUGGGUUUGGCGCUACCUGUCUCUCUGCCUGAAAGAUUUAAGGAGUGUUUAAGGGGAAAGGUGACAAAGAGACUUCACGAUGGUGAGUCUACACUGCAGGGUAAUAGCAUGCUUGAAGACCGACCCACUUCCAAUUUGGAGAAGCUCCAUUUCAUUAUUGGUAAUGGCAUCCUCAGGCCAGCCUUAAGGGAUGAAAUCUACUGUCAAAUCUGCAAGCAGCUGACUCAGAACCCAUCCAAAAGCAGCCAUGCUAGGGGUUGGAUCCUGAUGUCCCUUUGUGUGGGAUGUUUUGCUCCUUCUGAGAAGUUUGUGAAGUAUUUAAGGAACUUUAUCAAUGGAGGCCCUCCAGGUUAUGCUCCCUAUUGUGAAGAGAGGCUGAGGCGGACGUUUGCCAAUGGGACAAGGACACAGCCACCCAGCUGGCUGGAGCUGCAGGCAACCAAGUCCAAGAAACCAAUCAUGCUGCCUGUCACAUUUAUGGAUGGGACAACAAAGACACUGUUGACAGACUCUGCAACAACUGCUAAAGAGCUCUGUAAUUCUUUGGCUGACAAAAUCAGCCUGAAGGACAGAUUUGGCUUUUCACUCUACAUUGCACUUUUUGACAAGGUGUCCUCUCUGGGGAGUGGCAAUGACCACGUGAUGGAUGCUGUGUCCCAGUGUGAGCAGUACGCCAAGGAGCAGGGAGCGCAGGAGCGCAACGCGCCAUGGCGACUCUUCUUCAGGAAGGAGAUCUUCACUCCCUGGCACAACCCCAGUGAGGACAACGUGGCCACCAAUCUCAUCUACCAGCAGAUCGUGCGAGGGGUGAAGUUUGGAGAGUACCGGUGUGACAAGGAGGAAGAUCUGGCAGAACUGGCUUCCCAGCAGUACUACGUGGACUAUGGGUCAGAGAUGGUACUGGAAAGGCUGCUAAAUCUAAUUCCAUCCUACAUUCCAGACAGAGAGAUCACAGCUUCAAAAACAGUGGAAAAAUGGGCUCAGCUCAUUAUAGCUGCACAUAAAAAGGGAAUUUAUACUCAGAAGAGGGCAGACCCAAAAAAAGUCAAGGAGGAAGUAGUGGAUUUUGCACGUUUCAAGUGGCCUUUGCUGUUUUCUCGGUUUUAUGAAGCCUUCAAAUUCUCGGGGCCAAGCCUGCCUAAAAAUGAUGUGAUUGUAGCUGUCAACUGGACAGGGGUGUACUUUGUGGAUGAACAGGAGCAGGUUCUCUUAGAGCUCUCUUUCCCAGAGAUCACAGCUGUGUCAAGCAGCAGAGGAGGAAAGCUGCAAGGGCAGAGUUUCACCCUGGCCACCAUUAAAGGUGAUGAAUACACUUUCACCUCCAACAAUGCAGAGGAUAUCCGGGACCUGGUGGUGACCUUCCUUGAAGGACUAAGAAAACGAUCCAAGUAUGUGGUCACUCUCCAAGACAACCCAAAUCCAGUGGGAGAAGAAUCUGGGUUCCUCAGCUUCCUUAAAGGAGAUCUGAUAGUUCUGGACCAGGACACAGGAGAACAAGUGAUGAACUCGGGGUGGGCGAAUGGCUUCAAUGAACGGACCAAGCAGAGAGGGGAUUUCCCAACUGAUUCCGUCUAUGUCUUGCCUACCGUCACCAUGCCUCCGCUGGAGGUCGUGGCGCUGGUCACAAUGACCCCUGACCAGCGACAAGAUGUCAUCAGAACCUCUCAGAUGGCAGUUUCAGACAGUGAAGAAAGAGUAAAGCCAUACACCUUGGAGGAAUUUUCCUAUGAUUAUUUUAGACCACCUCCAAAGCACACCCUCAGCCGGGUCAUGAUCACCAAGACCCGUGGAAAGGACAAGCUGUGGUGUUACACCCGUGAGCCCAUCAAACAGCCACUGCUGAAGAAGAUCCUGGGCAGCGAGGAGCUGUCCCAAGAAGCCUGUAUGGCUUUUAUUGCUGUGCUGAAAUAUAUGGGUGACUACCCAUCCAAAAGGACCCGCUCAGUCAAUGAGCUGACAGACCAAAUAUUUGAAGGUGCCUUGAAAGCUGAACCCCUAAAGGAUGAAAUCUACUGCCAGACCCUCAAGCAGCUCACAGACAACCACAUCAAAUACAGCGAAGAGAAAGGGUGGGAGCUGUUGUGGUUGUGUACAGGCCUUUUCCCUCCAAGUAACAUCCUCCUGCCCCAUGUCCAGAGGUUCCUACAAUCCCGAAAACAACAUCCCUUGGCUGCAGACUGCAUCCAGAGACUCCAGAAAGCCUUGAGGAAUGGAUCCAGAAAAUACCCGCCCCAUCUGGUAGAAGUGGAAGCCAUUCAACACAAAACUACUCAAAUUUUCCACAAGGUUUACUUCCCUGAUGACACUGAUGAGGCAUUUGAGGUGGAAUCCAGCACGAAAGCCAAAGACUUCUGCCAGAACAUCUCCAACAGGCUGCUCCUGAAGUCCUCUGAGGGCUUCAGCCUCUUCGUUAAGAUCUCUGACAAGGUCAUCAGUGUGCCAGAGGGAGAUUUCUUCUUUGACUUUGUGAGACACCUGACAGACUGGAUAAAGAAAGCAAGACCGGCAAAAGAUGGUAUAGUGCCUUCCCUCACCUACCAAGUGUUCUUCAUGAAAAAACUGUGGACCAACACAACACCUGGAAAAGAUUCAAUGGCAGACUCAAUCUUCCACUAUUACCAGGAGUUACCAAAGUACCUGCGUGGCUACCACAAGUGCUCACGGGAAGAGGUUCUGCAGCUGGCGGCUCUCAUCUACCGGGUCAAGUUUGAAGAUGACAAGUCCUAUUUCCCCAGCAUUCCCAAACUCCUGAAGGAGCUGGUGCCUCAGGACCUUAUCCGGCAGCUCUCUCCAGAUGACUGGAAAAGGUCCAUCGUGGCAUACUACAACAAACACGCGGGCAAAACAAGAGAAGAAGCCAAGCUUGCCUUUCUAAAGAUUAUCUUCAAGUGGCCUACAUUUGGAUCAGCAUUCUUUGAAGUGAAGCAAACUACAGAGCCAAAUUAUCCAGAAAUCCUUCUAAUUGCCAUCAAUAAGCAUGGAGUGAGCCUCAUUGAUCCCAAAACCAAGGAUAUUCUCAUCACUCAUCCCUUCACCAAGAUCUCUAACUGGAGUAGUGGCAACACGUAUUUCCACAUAACCAUUGGCAACUUGGUGAGAGGAAGCAAGCUGCUCUGUGAGACCUCCCUGGGGUACAAGAUGGAUGAUCUUUUAACCUCAUACAUCAGCCAGAUGCUAACAGCCAUGAGCAAACAGCGGAGUGCAAAGGGUAGCAAGUGA